CAUCAUCUGUACGCACGGCGGCGAGAGCAGCUCCUGAAUCGGGCAGGGAGGACCGCGAUUCUCUCUCAAUGCGAAGGAAAAACACUCACAGAGAGUAGAACAAUAUCUGCGAACUCCCGCACGAAAGUCCCUCUGGAAACUCCGAUGGAUUAAUCUGAUUUUCUGCGAAAGGAGAGAAUGGGCUGUGUGCAAUGUAAGGACAAAGAAGCAGCAAAACUCACCGAUGACCGGGAGACCAGCAUCUCGCACAACUCGGGGUACCGCUAUGGGUCCGACCCCACGCCGCAGCACUACCCCAGCUUCGGGGUCAACACCAUCCCCAACUACAACAACUUCCACACCGGCGCCUCGCAGGGGGUGACCGUGUUCGGAGGGGUCCACACGUCCUCGCAGUCUGGCACGCUUCGGUCUCGAGGAGGAACAGGGGUGACUCUGUUUGUGGCCCUUUACGACUAUGAAGCCAGGACCGAGGAUGACCUCAGCUUCAGAAAGGGGGAGAGGUUCCAGAUCCUCAACAGCACUGAGGGUGACUGGUGGGAGGCUCGUUCUCUCACUACAGGUGGAACUGGUUACAUUCCCAGCAAUUACGUCGCUCCAGUGGACUCAAUCCAAGCUGAGGACUGGUAUUUUGGGAAAUUAGGCCGAAAGGAUGCAGAGAGGCAGCUGCUCUCCAACGGCAACGCCAGAGGCACUUUCCUCAUCCGUGAGAGUGAAACAACCAAAGGGGCCUACUCCCUCUCCAUCCAGGACUGGGAUGACAUCAAGGGAGACCACGUCAAACACUAUAAGAUUCGUAAGCUGGACAGUGGAGGUUACUACAUCACCACCAGAGCCCAGUUUGAGACGCUUCAGCAGCUGGUGCAGCACUACUCUGCCAGGGCUGCGGGGCUAUGCUGCCGCCUGAUCAUACCGUGCCACAAAGGCAUGCCUCGUCUCACCGACCUGUCCGUCAAAACCAAAGACGUGUGGGAGAUCACUCGCGAGUCGCUGCAGCUCAUCAAACGUCUCGGCAACGGCCAGUUUGGGGAGGUCUGGAUGGGCACGUGGAACGGCACCACCAAGGUGGCGGUGAAGACUCUGAAGCCCGGCACCAUGUCGCCCGAGUCCUUCCUGGAGGAGGCUCAGAUCAUGAAGAAGCUCCGACACGACAAGCUGGUGCAGCUCUACGCCGUGGUGUCCGAGGAGCCCAUCUACAUCGUCACCGAGUACAUGUGCAAAGGGAGUUUGCUUGACUUCCUUAAAGAUGGAGAAGGACGAGCCCUCAAGCUACCAAAUCUCGUGGACAUGGCAGCUCAGGUGGCAGCAGGCAUGGCAUACAUUGAGAGGAUGAACUACAUCCACAGAGACCUGCGCUCCGCCAACAUCCUUGUCGGAGAAAGUCUUGUGUGUAAGAUCGCUGACUUCGGUCUGGCCAGGCUCAUCGAGGACAAUGAAUACACAGCAAGACAAGGCGCAAAGUUCCCAAUAAAAUGGACCGCUCCUGAGGCGGCUCUCUACGGGAAAUUCACCAUCAAGUCGGACGUGUGGUCGUUUGGCAUCCUGCUGACGGAGCUGGUAACCAAGGGCCGAGUGCCGUAUCCAGGCAUGAACAACCGCGAGGUGCUGGAGCAGGUGGAGCGGGGCUACCGGAUGCCGUGCCCGCAGGACUGCCCCCCCUCUCUGCACGAGCUGAUGGUGCAGUGCUGGAAGAAAGACCCCGAGGAGAGGCCCACCUUCGAGUACCUGCAGGCCUUUUUGGAGGACUACUUCACUGCCACUGAGCCUCAGUACCAGCCGGGGGACAACCUCUGAGCGCCACUGCUCUCAUCUCAUGUCAUCCCACCGGCUCUCCACCAGGGGGGGGCCCCACUCCACCUCUUCUCUCUCAUCCUGUGGCUGUUACAAUUCAAAGCUCAUUGACUGACUUCUUGACUUCCAAGCUGCUGCUCUGACGGCACACUGACUAUCAAAUCUGAGGAUAUUUGGAGGGGUGGGAGGGGGUGCUGGGAGUUAAAAAUGACUGCAAUGGAUGAUGGAGAUGAGUCGUGUCGUGAACCUGUACGUAGUGUAAAUAUAAAUUGCUUGUUUACUUAUCUCUUUUAUGUUUCAUUUUAUAUUACUUUUGAUAUUUUGGAAAUGUGUGGAUUUUUUUUUUAAUCCGAGGUCAAAGUAAUUUCAGAUUUCAGCUCGUAGACAAAUUGUGUGAAGCUCACAUUUGGUAUCAAAUCGUGACUUAAUAGGAAUGUAGGAAUGGUAGUUAGACAUCGUGGACCGAAGCAUCUCAGAAAAUGUUCUUUGGGAGUCCACUGACCUUUUUUACGAGGUGAAUAUAACGAUACUGCUCUCCUCUUCUCAAGGAACUUAGAUGUACUAUAACACCUGUUCUUGCCUUUUCAUGUUUAGUAAUAUUCUUAUAUUGUAAGAGAAUGCCUUUAUGCUUUCUACACACUAACUUAGUGCAUCAUGGACUCUUCCACCCAAACCUGUAUGGCAUCUGCACUAAUAUUAAGUGCAUUCAUCGCAUUUCAGCUUCAGCCAAUGAUUAAUAGAUCGACUUAAGGUGACUUUUAGUUCAGCUUCUUGUAGUUGAAAAGGAGGCGGACUUCCUCUCUUAAACUGCAACCAUUGUUUGGCUGACUGCUUAUUAUACUGGCAAUAUUUUAAAAUGUAUGUUGCAUUAUCGUAUGGCUGCCAGCUGUGUAAGAAUUCUUGUCCUUUUUCGCUUCAGCGGCAAACAAACAAACUGCCACCUACAUGAAGGGAAUGAAGGAAGUGACCUUUGUUUGUCCCUCCAUAAUGUGUAUCUUAAAAUAACAUGUCGUUUGAGACCAAACGUGUUUAUUUCACUGUAUUAUUUUGGCUAAACAUUUCGGCCAGUGUUAUGUGUCGUUAAGAUUACAUAAUACUGUGACCUUUCCAGGGAAAUCUGCAGCUCUGGAUGACAUUCCUCUCAUCCUCAAGUGUCAAACUUCUCUCUGUGUGCAUUCCAGGACAAUACACCUUUUCUGUGCGUAUUUAAGUUGCUUUUCACGGUCAGAAAAGCGAGCAAGUAGUAGAUUUUGUAUCACUAUGUUUGCUCUAAUUCAGUAGAUCUACGAAACAUGUUUUUGGUCUCUGCAUUAUUUAUUGUCUCUGUCUGUUACUUGUACACCUCUGGUUUUGAAAUAAACAAUCUUGCCACCAUC